CGACAAUACUUAUUUGGUGGUUGAAAAAAAAAAAGUGGUUUGUUGACUGACCUCGUUCGUUGCAGCUCGGAGCCACCUUUGAAAAAUACCGAAAAAAAAGUUAUAUCGUUACGUUACCCUGGAGUUGGACAUUUCCGAAUGAUUGAAACCGACAAUAACGAUGGCACCACAGCAGGGAUCGCCACUUCCCUUGUUGAAAGCACUGCUCCCGCGGCUAUUCCUGCUGGCAUGUCGAAUAGCACUCCCAUGGCAUCGCUGCCUCUGAAUUCAAGCUCCAAACUGGAUCAAGAGCCUAAUCCGUUUGAACAAAGUUUUUCGGGAGCCACCGUUACGCUUUCUGAUGAUAAUAAGGCUUCGCAACAACCCGAAACGCCUAACAAACCUGUGCUGCCGCCGGUCGCAGCAAUCACCAGUCCCGCCGUCCAUCCGCUCUUGGGCGGGGGACGAGUCUUACCAAAAGAAGUGGCGAAUCAAUUCGCUUGGGACUCCCUGCGCACUGGUCCGUUAUCGCCGUCGAUGCUUCAAGGCCCCGCCAAUCCAGACGAUUACAAUGGAUACAAUGGUGGUCACUUGAAAAAACCCGCAACUAGUUCACACCUUUCUCAAGGCAUAUCCUCGGCCGCAUUUAUCAAUCAGAUAUCAGAACCUACAGCCGCGCAUCCAUACCAAACAAAGGAAAUGUAUGUGCAACCUUCACCGAUCAAGGUUGAAAAUGAUCCAACCCAGAAUAUGGAUAUGUAUAUGCAUACCAUGACAACACAACAGACCAAGCCAGUUGAAACACAAAGAUCUGGAUCAUUAUCAUCGGCUACGAGUCAACAUGAUACGACGGCUACUGCAAGUCGUAGAACCGCCUCUCAAAAGAACAACGCUCCCGCAAAAGAUAAUGAAUCGUCCAAUAAGCGGAAGAGAAUGACAUCCAAAGAGAAGACGCCCGAAGACGAUGAGAAGCGGAAGAAUUUCCUCGAGCGCAAUCGAAUAGCUGCAUUAAAAUGUCGUCAACGAAAGAAACAGUGGCUGAAUAAUCUUCAAUCCAAGGUGGAGUAUCUGAGCAACGACAACGAACGGUUGCAGAUGCAGACGGAAGCAUUGAGAGAGGAAAUUGUGAAUCUGAAAACUUUAUUGUUGGCCCACAAAGACUGUCCUGUCGCUCAGGCCAACGGCUUUCAUCCUGCGGCUGUUCAAAAGCCCAUGCCGGCCAUGAUGAUGCGACCUCAGUAUCCUCAGCAGCCUCCUCCAGGAUACCCGGCAAAUAAUCAAAUGCUUCCCUCUCGUUCUCCCACCUCCUCUACUCACGUCACAUCCAUGGGCCCUCCUGCAUCUCAAUUUCCGCAUACCAAUAUGGUGAAUAUGCCACCCCAUCCUCAAUCUCAGCUUCCUCAACGGCAUCCUCUGCCAGCACCUGCAUCCCACCAACAACCACAACCACAGCAACCACAACGACAACAACGGCAGUCGCCUCAUCACUCAUCGUCCUCAGUACCACCACCGCCUCAUCAACACAGUAUGAUGGCAGGAGGCGCGUCAUCAGGCAUGUUGCGGUUCUAAAAAUCAACUUUGUGUUCUUUCUGUGUGUAUGGUACUGUUUUUCCCUUACCUUCUUAUUUUGCAAUCGUUUCCCUCUCAUUUUUUCUUUCCUUUUUUUUCUGUUUGUAUGUAUUGUCAAAACUAGCCCUUGUCUUUUUUUUUUCUCUUGUUCCUUUUACUCUCUCAUAUAGUAUGCAGUAUAUUUCUGUUUCUUAUAGCGGGUUUUUCCCUCGAUCUAAUAUAGUAUACUGAUCUGUUGUGCUGCGAUCAAUUCAUGAUUACUGUUUUUCACUCGUUAUAAACGUCUAUUUGACUGCUUACUUGCACAUUGAUCAGUAACUAGGAGAAAAAAAGGAUCGUUUGGCUAUUAUUGUCUAUUGCGUACAAUGAAACAAUCGUGCAAUUUUUUUUUUUUUUUUUUUUUUUGCAAAAA